AUGGAGGCGAAGAGGCAGAGCAGCGUGGAGCUAAUCUGCACGGAGAGGCCCGGGCGAGAGCCCCUGGACGCUGCAGAGCAGAGAGACAGCCACAAGGACAGGAAGGAGCUCCUGCUGAGGGAGCUGCACAGCAUGAAAAUGAAUCUUUUCGACAAUUCGCCCUUCUCAAAUUACAUCCACUUUUACGAAAUAUAUAACAACUUGAAAUGUAUAGUCAAGUAUGAGAAGGAAGAGCCAAAGGGGACCUGGUUUCUACAUCCGAUUGGGAAAAAAAAAACCUACAUUCUGUAUCUUGUGUACAUUCUCUUUUUACUGCUAAGUAUAUUCCUCUUAUUUCGCCUGCAGACAGUGCUUAGAUUUCCCUGGGGGUCCAGCAGACAUUAUCACCCGUGGGAAAUUCACUUCCACGUAUUCUCUACGUUUUCCGUUUUGGCAUAUUGCCUGCUAAAUUUGUAUAUCAUUUUUUUUGCCUACAAAACGUUCCUCCACCAUGUGGAUGUCAUGUGCCUCAUCAUCCUCCAAAUGUUAUACAACGUGUACAUUCGAGAGAAAAACAAAGAAAUUUAUCGCAACACGGAAACUCUCAUCGAGGGCUGUAAAAAGAUGUUCAGCCAAUUGGACAGAAAAUUUGACAACAUGGUGCUGCUCCACGCUGAUGAGGUUUUCAACAAAUUUACAAACAUAUUCAAGUACAUAAGUAGGGAAAGCUACACGACGGGGGGAAAAAUUGCCACACCGAAGAAGUGUGGAGAGCUCUUCGUGGAAAUUGGGCCCCGGAGGGAGGGCGCCAGGGGCGCGCCCAAGAAGCCCACCUCUGAUAACCUCCUCUGCAAUAAAGACGCCGCGACGGCCCCCGCAAAGCGCGCAGUCUCCGUAAUUAUAAAUAACGACGAUCUAUACGAAGAGCUGAACAGCCCCCCCGGGGGAGACAUCCCGAAUUACCACUACACGCACAUGAGCAGAAGGAACAUUUUCAACAUUUUUGGAAACUCAAUUUAUUCAAACAUUUACAACAUAAGCAACUACAUGAAGUGCAAUCACAACUACAUCCACUCAUUAAUGAUUCAGAAAUGCAGCGAUAAAAUAAAUUACAUCAAAUACUUCUUUUUCUUCAUUCCAUACGUAAUUAAUUUGUGUGUAAAUUUGCUCAUAAAUUUUUAUAUCCUCUUUUCCGUGUAUUACUACAACAAUGCCAUUCCUCUGGUCCCACCUUACGAGCUAGCCAAAAUGCACAUUUUUAAUUUGCGAAAUUAUAAGGGGAUAUACUACAUUUUGUUCAUAUUUUUGUUCAAUUUUUUUUUUUUUUUGUAUGCCCUCUUCCUUUGCAAGCUAAAUAUCAUUCACGUCUUCCUCAAUCAGAUUUACAAAAAUUGCAAAUACGAGUCCAUUUAUUACUGCGAGCAUGUCAUGAAUGAGAUUUACGAAAAUUGCAUUUUUCCCCACAUUGUACAGAUGGUACUGAACAGAAAGGGCGCCAACAGGGCGGGUCUUGAAGGGGCUAAAGUAGUCGCCCUGUUGGAGAAAGCGCCUGACCAAGCAAGGUGGAAAGGCGUAUCCCCAGACGCUUCGCAAGAUUACCAUGUUGUGGUGAAUAACCCAGACGGGACUACCAACGAUGCUGGUAACACCCUGCACGGGAAGAACCCAAACGUGCACAGGAACAAAUCGCACGAUAUUAACCUUCGAACGUGUCAAGAGGCAGAUUCCUUUUUCGGUAACAAGGAUUCCCACCGGGGGUAUGACGUCUCCGAGUGCAUUAAGUAUUUCAGCAUGAGUUAG